AUGAAUAAUGAUAUCGAUAAUAUUAUAGAUAAUUUAAAUAAUUUAGAUAUAAACGAAUUAAAAGAAAAAUACAAAUUACUAGAAAAAGUUAAUAAAGAAUUAAAUGAAAAAAUUUAUAAAAUAGAGAAUGAUCAUGCUCAACAAAUUAAAUUAAAAAAUAAAGAAUUAUACAAUUUACAAUGUCAAUUUGAAUUUUACAAACAAAAAUUUCAAAACAUGGAAUAUAUUAUUUUAAGUGAUGAUGAUGAUGAUGAAGAAGAUAAUAAUAAUAUAGAUAAUAAUAAUAUAGAUAAUAAUAAUAAUAAUAUAGACAAUAAUAAUAAUAGUAUUGAUAAUAUUGAUAAUAUAGAUAGUAGUGAUAGUAGUGAUAGUAUUGAUAGUAUUGAUAAUAUUGAUAAUAUAGAUAAUAUAGAUAAUAUAGAUAAUUUAGAUAAUUUAGAUAAUAAUAACAAUAACAAUAGUAAUAUUCAAAUAAUACCUCCUAUUGUUACCAAUUCACAAUCACCACCUUCUUCAUCACAAAAAACUCGACGUAAAUGUGUGAAUCAUACUCUAUUGUUUUCCAUAGAUAGUGGUUCAGUUUUAAUAGAUAAAAAAGAUGUUCAUUUAAAAAAAUCAAUUCGCUUUUAUAAAAGUUAUAUGUUAAUCCAUGGUAAAGAUGAUAAAUUAAGAAUAGUUAUCCCAUACAAGUAUAUUGAUCAAAUGGAAAUCCUUAAAGAUAUAAAUACCUUCAGUUUUUCAUUUUUCACUGUUGGUAGUAGUUUAAAGUUUCCUCCAUGUCACUACGAAAUCCAGUCAAUUAAAUUAAUAUUUUUGGAAAAAUUAAAGGAAUUAAUUAAUUUUGUCAAUGUUAAUUAUGUAGAGGUUUCAAAACAUAAUAACGAACAACAACUUAAUAAUAAUACACACACAAACAAUAGCAGUAAUCACUCAACAAACUACAACUAUAAUGUUAAAAUUGAAGGAUAUGGCAAACUUAAAGAAGAUGUUGUUUAUAAUAAAGAGCUUGAUAUAUAUGAAACCAAAAAAAAGAAUGAUCAGGAGGUUAUAGACUUGGAACACAGCAGUGAUGAAACAGAAGAAGUAGAUAACACAUUUAACUUUAAAGAAAUCAAUUCAAUAGAUUAUAAAGUUAAAAAAGAAGGAUACAAUUAA